GGCGCCACAUCCGGCGGCAGUCCCGCUGUGCAUAAAGCCACCGCUGUCGCUGCUGUCGCCGUAGUGGGCGUGGAGCAGCAGCUCUGGCCUCUUCUUGGCUGCAGGAGUCGCUGCUCCAAUGCCCCAGGGCGGCCAUGAGCGCCCCACACUGGUGGGACCAACUGCGGGCUGGCAGCUCGGAGGUGGACUGGUGCGAGGACAACUACACCAUCGUGCCUGCGAUCGCGGAGUUCUAUAACACGAUCAGCAACGUCUUGUUUUUCGUCUUACCGCCCAUCUGCAUGUACCUGUUUCGUCAGUACGCAACGUGCUUCAACAGUGGCAUUUACCUCAUCUGGACUCUCUUAGUUGUAGUGGGAAUCGGAUCUGUCUACUUCCAUGCGACUCUGAGUUUCCUGGGUCAGAUGCUUGAUGAACUUGCCAUCCUUUGGGUUCUCAUGUGUGCUCUGGCCAUGUGGUUCCCUAGAAGGUAUCUACCAAAAAUCUUUCGGAAUGAUAGGGGCAGGUUCAAGGCUGUGGUCUGCGCCCUCUCUGCAGUUACAACGUGUCUGGCGUUUGUCAAGCCCGCCAUCAACAACAUCUCUCUGAUGACACUGGGGGUUCCUUGCACUGUGCUGCUCAUCGCAGAGCUAAAGAGGUGUGACAACGUGCGUGUCAUUAAGCUGGGUCUCUUCUCGGGCCUCUGGUGGACCCUUGCCCUCUUCUGCUGGAUCAGUGACCGAGCCUUCUGUGAGCUGCUGUCGUCCUUCCACUUUCCCUACCUGCACUGCGUGUGGCACAUCCUCAUCUGCCUGGCCGCCUACCUGGGCUGCGUGUGCUUCGCUUACUUUGAUGCUGCUUCCGAGAUCCCCGAGCAAGGUCCGGUCAUCAGGUUCUGGCCCAGCGAGAAGUGGGCCUUCAUCGGCGUCCCCUAUGUAUCCCUGCUCUGCGCCACCAAGAAAUCCGCAGUCAAGAUCACGUGACGGAAAGGCGGCUUCUCUGCUCAGGGGUUCUGGUCCCCGGGCUUCCUGCCGGCAGAGACAGCCCUGGGUUCUCAGAGUUGGGGGUGGGUCUUUUUUUUUUUUUUUUUUUUUUUUUAAAUUUAGUUCCCUUGGCUUGUACUAGCUGUCUAUUACCUGGACUCCACUGUCCCCGAGGUUGGCAAGUAGACGGCUGAGGGCAUUGGGUGCAUCUCGGCAACGUGACUUUUAGAGGCAGUGGCUUGUUGGCUGUGUCCUUUGUGGCGAUGGGGGACUCGGUGCUGCGUAGACCCUCGCUUCCUGGGGAGUUUGCCAGCUCCAGAUCCCACCGCCCCUGCGGACAACAGUCCUGUGACAGAUGACACCCUCCGACUGUCUGAUGGGAGAUGCCGGAUUUUCAUUUGGGAAACCCAUCUGAAAACAAAAACCAGACAGAUGAAACGCGCACAAGACUCGUGGCUACGGAAGCUGGUUAUGCACGUGCAGCUCCCAAUCACCCAGGUCUGACGCGGCUUUUGUAACCUUUCACUUCUACCUCUGCUGAGAGAUGGAGAUUCGACCUCGGAGGAGGGUCAAGCUAGCGAGAAAACCCCUCUACGCCAAAAAACUACUCUCUACUUUAAGCCACUCUAGAAGAUGACAAAGUUUUUAAAUGUUGACCUUGAAUGCCCUCCACCCCCACCCAGUAGCCUCAGAUGCACAGGGAAUAGCUGCGGUCCCUACACAGACGCCCCUUCUCUCCUCCCCUUGACCUCUGUAACAGGCCAGAGGGCUCGUGGCAGUCGUGAUGUCGGAGGGGUCCUGGCUCAAAAUCUGGGACAAACACGGAGUUUUGGAACCUGUGCUCAUUGGAACCCUCUUGUAUGCUGUCUGGAAAUUAUGCUCAAGAAUCUCCCCCAUUCCUUCCCUAAUUUUUGCUGUGGGAAUUACACUCCAUCCUCUCACAGCGUGAGGUGCUUCCUGCAGUUUCUCGGACCAUUUGGUCGCUCUUCUUAAGUGCUGGCAGUAACGACACACUGGCUGCUGGGACCUUGGCGGGUGCAGCAGGGCGCGUCUGUUGCCUUCGGAGUUUUUCUCACCUACGUUGACACUGGCUGCAGUUCAAUCUGCUCUUCACUGGGAUGGAGGGAAGGUUUGAGGUGGGAAUGCAGGACCUCAGGGAUACUCGCGGUAACUCAGGCACUUCCAGCUUUGCAAUGUCCCGCCGGGAGAAAGGGCAGGCCAGACGGGAGAAAGGGCAGGCCAGACGUCCUUCUGGUGCGGACGGGAAGCACGCCACUCUCGUCUCUGAGAGGGGGGCAGCAGCGGUUUUCGGCAUCUUCAGGAACUCUUACUCUGGCCAGAAUUUGCACAGGAUCUGAGGUGAAAAGCCCAUUAAAGAACUGGUUUCGGAGUUUCAGAGUGAAUGACUUUAUCCUAUUUCUGUGGUUUUCAAAUUAUUUUAGCAGCAGAAACCUGUUUGCAGUAAGACAUCUUUAUGGAACCCUAAUGUAUGAAAUAGGUUGUAUUUUAUUAGCUUAAAUUUCUUUUAAGGUUAAACUUAUAGCAUUUCCUUAAUUAUGUAUCAGGCAGUGACAUGCAAGUGAACAAUUUGGUGUUUUUCCAGGUAGAAACAUUCGGUAUUGAAUGAGUGUGCCUGUUGCUAUAUUAUAGUGUAAAAAUAUUUUUUAAAUGAUAUUUGAAUGAAAUGUUUCAGGAACCUCUAAUAUACCUCCUCGAGACCUAGGUGGUUCAUGAAACAGAAAUUGAAAACUGCUGAGUCCUUUGGGUUUCAGGUCUAGAAUUUUUACAAGGGGAACAUCAGAUCGUCCUCUCUUCAGGCUGAUUUGGCAGGUAUGGAUUCUGGUUUCAUUCAUUCUGCAGAAUAAAAUGCUCUCGAUUAGGGGUUUGAUGUAUGUUAAGUCCAGCGGCCUUCGUGUGGAAGUGUAGAUAAGGAGAAGUGGAGAGGAGAGAUGUUAUCUGUGUAUUUCGGGUUUACCUUCUGUCUCAAGGGUUCUCAGCUAGGGCAGCAUUGUCCUCACGGUCUAGGAUGGCCCAUUUCCCACGGUCAGAUGCAGGGCUGGUUCCCUGGGGAACACUACCUUCCAUCCCAAGUCUUUGGCCUUCUGGAAGUUUCUGAGUGUCCUUCGGAAAUAGGGAUAAAAUGUGACUGCUGGAAGUAAGGAAGUGUGUGCCCUGUCUCUCUGGGCUAUUCCCAUCUCUACCACGAAUGGCUGAGUUCACGUGUCAGAAGGGAUGCUUCUGACGUGAAGAACACAGUGUCCUACUAGAAACUGGUUUUAAUGAGAUGAGGCCUGAGAAAGGAGUGUGGAAUGGGGUAUGAUGCGAAGGACAAAUCAUAAUUCUUUUGAACAGCAAUCACUAUAGCUUGCCAGUGUGGGAUGGUGGUAAGUCACGAGAGCAGAGUACACUGAUCUUGUUUUAAGUUAGGUUUAUGGCAUCAUUCAUAUUUAUAGUUUUAUAUAUAUUUAUAAUCUUUUAUAGCACUACAUGCUGUUUUGAAGAAAAUUGGGAUACUAUAAAAAAGCUGAAGUAAUCUAUUUCUAUAGCUCAAACACAGUCAUUGGUAAUAUUUUGGUAUAUUUCCUUCUUGUCUUUUUUUUCCUGUUACAGUUGUAAAUGUCUUUUAGAGCUGACAGUUUACCCUGUAGUUUGGAAGGCAAAUGCCAGCUGCGUAUUUCUCACGAGGAGCAGGGUUUGAAGUCCACUAGAGUUACCGACACACUUGAGAACUCAUCACUGGAUUCGGACUGACUACUGAGUCUCCCCUGGCCAUCUAGCCUGCUGUGAACGGGCGCUCAGAAAUAGUGGGCUGAAUUCUACUUUGUGAUAUGCUCCUGCGCUUAGACUGACAAAGAAUAGGAAAUAUUUGUUAAAUGUAUACCUCUACAGGGUUUGGUGUCCUCUGAUUUAAAAUAAGUGAAGGGCCCAUUUCAUUAAUGUGCAAUCAAGAAUCCCGCCCCCACCUCCCAACCGUUGAGGCAGGGAAGAGGAGAUUUGACCUUGGCAGUUAGGUCACCACCGUCGCUCAGCAUGGCUGUCGGAUUUUUGUUCUGGUUAGAAUUUGCCCAAAAUCAAUAUCCAGAAGGAACUGGAAUUAGUAUAGUGAAAAACAAUGUUACCAAGGGAUGAAGUCAAUGAUUCUUGUUUAAUACUAUUCAAUUGAUUGUUGAUUUUCAAAAAAAGAAAUCUUUGCUCCUCUUUAUGAGUGUGGUAUCAUUAUAAAACGUACUUCAGUGAACAUAUUUAAGAUAAUUGGGGUGCAGAUAUCUGAAUCUCUUGGUAACAAGCUCCAUCUGGGGGAACUCUGAGCCUGUCCCUCUGAAGAGCACCUAAAACAUUACUACAAAUCACAGAGGUUCUGCGGGGACCAAGUCUGAUGGUGUCAGACAUGCUUUGUGAAAACACCAUCCCCUGUUCUGUGCAUUGGGUUUCUUGGGUGUGUAAAAGCCUCUCCCACCGCUCAGCGUGCUUGUAUGAGCCAGCACUGGCUUGGAGGCUCCGGGACUGGGAUUGCACCCUCCCUGGCCCUUCCGCAAUAUUAGGCACCGCAGGGAAGGGCCGAAGCUUGCCGAGCCAGAGCCCUCUCGGAGCUCCUGAAGGGACUGGGAACCUUUUACAGCCAUCUCCUUGCUGCCAGCCCAGCUGGACGAAGGGAAGCCUCGGGCCAGGUUGCCAUCCUCUAUGGAUUUUAUAGAUUUUAUAGACAUUAUUCUUCUACAGACUUUGUUUUUAACGUCCCCUACUCUAAGGACUAAUUGUUUGAAUUAUAUCUUUCUCUAUACAAUAAACCAGAUUUAAGAGUAUUUUAUAGCCACCAAUAUACAAUGAUAGCAAAUAGAGUAUUUUCUGAUUGAUGCCUUCUUCUGCACGCCACGCGGGGGGUGAUGUGUCACGGUGGUGUGCCUGCCGGCUGUGGCCGCAUUUGACCUCCGUUGUUUUGGGAGUAAUUUAAGGCCUUUUGAAAUGGAGCUUUUGCACUUUAUGCUCUUUCUGUGAACUAUGACAGCUGUGUUUGAUAUUAAAGCCAUAAAGGCAUUUUCUGUGAAUAAA